AUGGCUAUUGAUCCUGAAAGUAUAGGGUGCAUGGAGUGUUGCAUUAAAUGCCUGGGCGGAAUCCCCUACCCGUCACUCAUUGCCACCAUUUUGCUGUACGCCGGUGUGGCUCUGUUCUGCGGUUGUGGACAUGAGGCUCUUUCGGGAACCGUCACCAUCCUGCAGAACUACUUUGAGGUGGUACGCAGUCCCGUGGACGCGUUGGAUGUCUUCACCAUGAUUGACAUCAUCAAGUACGUGAUAUAUGGAGUGGCCUCUGCCUUUUUCGUCUAUGGCAUCUUGCUGAUGGUUGAGGGCUUCUUCACCAGCGGAGCCAUCAAAGACCUCUACGGAGACUUCAAGAUAACCACCUGCGGGCGCUGCGUUAGCGCUUGGUUCAUCAUGCUGACUUACAUCUUCAUGCUGGCCUGGCUGGGUGUGACGGCAUUUACCUCUAUACCCGUUUUUAUCUACUUCAACAUCUGGACCAUCUGUCAAAACGCCACCGUGCUGGAGGGCACCUCGCUCUGCUUGGACCCACGCCAAUACGGUAUUGUGGCAAUCAAUGAAGCAAAGACAGUGUGUGCCGGAUCUGAGAAGUUCUACAAGAUGUGCGAAUCCACUGAGCUGGACAUGACGUUCCACCUGUUCAUCUGUGCCCUCGCUGGAGCAGGAGCAGCCGUCAUUGCUAUGAUCCACUACUUGAUGGUGCUGUCGGCCAACUGGGCCUACGUGAAGGAUGCGUGCCGGAUGCAGAAGUAUGAGGACAUCAAAUCCAAGGAGGAGCAGGAGCUUCAUGACAUCCACUCCACUCGCUCCAAGGAACGACUCAACGCUUAUACAUAA